AGCGGUGACACCACGAGAAACGGCAUUGCAAAAAACAGCUGGAGCAAAAGGCGCAAAUAGUUUUGGACCGGCAUACAAUUAGCCAUUAAAUUAAAUAUUUGCGUACUUUGUAUAUUGGCUACAGCAAAUAACCUAAUUUUGUAUUAUAAACGAUGCAGUCUUUGCAGAAGUAUUGCGGCUCGCCGAACAAGUUGGUGGAGCUCAGCCUCAAUAUGCAUUUGCGCGCUAAACUAGCUAAGGACAGUUUGCGAUGGGGUUGCCUGAAUGUGGUCCUACUAGCAAUACUCUUAUUUGACAUAUCCAAUCGGUGUCCAUUUGCCUACUCGAAAUGGUAUUACGCAGAAUACAUUGCAAUAGUGUUAACGGGACUUGGUGCCUUCUCCUGUUUCCUCAAAUACUUUUUAUACAUUUUUCGUAAGAAUCCAAUAUUAGGAACCAAAGAACAAAAAAAUUUACUAAAAUUUGAUGAACUCGAUUCGUCAUUUGUUGUAACACCACCGCCACAGAGGAAAAAGAAAGUAUGCGAUGAUUUGGCGCCUAAUCAAAUAAACAAUACCUUGUUAAGCUGGCAUUCUUCUUUCAAUGACUCACGCGCUGGCAUGUCUCACAAUUGGAGCUACAGUCGCACAACACCGCCUCGUGGCAGCUUUAGUCCACAACAACAGCAACAACCACACAAUGCUUCUUGGAAUUCUGUGGGCAAUCGAUCUUUAGUAAUGGGCGCCAACAACAGUGCUAUGAACAAUACGAAUUCCCAAAUCGAGUCAUAUCCCAAAUACAAACGUGAAGAGUUGAUAACUGAUGAGGAGAGCCUAAAGCAAUAUUUAAAAGAGUUUUCAAUACACGAACAAAGCUUGAAUGAAACAGCCGAUGUGAGUCAACAUUAUAACAGUGGUUCAGUAAAUUCUUUCUGGAACUAUUGUAACACCGCCGCUAAUAUGCUAAAGACAUCCAUAUAUCAGUUGUCUCCAAUGACGACUCCCUCGACGCCCAGUAAACAAUCGGCAAGUGAGGAUGGUGGGCUUAAGUUCAUGGACAGCAACUCGGAAAUCAUUAGACGCAUCUCAUCCGAGAAACUAUCACAAUAUGUAGCCAACUUAAGAAGGUGGAUGUCUGCCACCAUUUUGGAGCGUUUAUCAAAGGAGAUCAAAAAGAUCGAUGAGUCAUUUAAAAAUCGUGGAUUUGCGGAUAUGCGUAUGGGUGGCAUUAGCUUGGAACGUCUUAAGAAAACUGUAGAGAAUCAGCAAUUUGUGAAUCAGUACAUGCCAAUGUUGCCAUUGCUCCUACCGUUUUUGGAAAUGUCAAGCAAUCAAGAGUAUUUGGUGCAGCGCAUUAAAGACCUAGCCGAAGGCUCCUGCAUCUCGAACUACAGCUGGAACUCCGGAGCUGCUUAUCACGGUUUAAAAUGGGACGAACAUCUGCCCACCGACUCGGCGAUACUAUUUCAUCUAUUUUGUGUUUACAUGGAUAGUCAACUUAUGCCGUUACCACAAGGAGGCGGUCGUCCCUUCUUCAGUCGCUACGUGAUAAUGGGCAAAGAGAAGCGCUCCGCAAAGGAAACUGUUGCGCUUGUUCAAAAUAAAGCCCAUUGCGCUAUACUCGUUACAAAUCCACAGAAGCCACGCUUCAACUUCAUCAGUGAUAAAGAAAUCCACACAUGCGCCUACGACCGCAAUAAUCUCUUCUAUGUGAUCAUACAGUUUUUAAUCCACAUGAAAACACAUCACGAAAGCGCUUUGGAAGGUGUGAACCUGGGCAAAAGCGGCAUAAAUGUUUUGUGUGUAAUUGAAAGCUGAAUCCGCGAGUGACAAAGUAAUUUCUGCGUCCAAUUAGCUAGCGUUUUUAUAAUACGAUUUUUUUUACUAAGACUAAGUGGUUAAUUAAGACUUGACAAGCAUAUAGUCAGAAUGCAAUUCUCAUUACACAAAUCAGUGGCGACACAAUGCAUACACUACUAUUAAUAUUAAGUAAAUUUAGUGUAUAUUGAAUGAACCGCAUAACUUUUACUCGCUAAGUUCUGAUGACUUUAAUAGCAUAUAAAUUAGAAAGUACUUUUAUGCGACUAAGAAUACCAUAAUAAUUUAUUAAAAGUGCGAACAGCAGCAAAACCCAACAAAACGCUUGCACAUGGAGUCACAAGGAACACAUGCAGCACAUAUAAACAGAGUGAGAGAGAGAGUGUGGCAAUAAUUUUGCGCGUAGUUUUCGCGUAAACUUUUAAUUAAAGGGAUUUACUGAUUUAUAUCGCAAAUCCAUGGUACAUUCCUUUGGACAUUAAUCGUUUUUGUGCUGUGGAUUUAUCGUGUCACAGGAGUGAUUUGUGGCUGAAAUACAGCGAGCUAGCGCGUUACAGCAGGGAAAGCAGCUGCACACAAAACACAUACACAUACACAUAUCUACACGCAUAUGUAUAUAGGAAGGGAAAAUACAUAUGCAGCUGCUGUGGUAAGAAUGUGAACAACAAAUCUGCUGAAGUUAUCACAGUGUUUGUCGACAGCAGACAAGCAAACACACCGUCGCUAAUUAAAGUGGGAAGAACAUAAAAGGAACACUCCUGCGAACCUAUCAAUUGUGAGGCACUUAUGUUUGGCGCUGACUGAAUUGACUGCACCGAAAACUCUUUAUGAAAUCGCUUUGUAGGUUAUGUAGAAAAAAAUAAAUUUUUUGACCAAUAAUUUUUUAUUUAUGAGCUUAUAUAAAUAAUAAACUAUCUCUAAUUAACUGUAAUUUAAUAAGUUACAAGAUAUUAAAUGUUUAGUACUCUGAUUACUUAAAGUAGGCUUUAGAAACUACAUUGAAGAAUUGCUAGGACCUCAAUAGUAACUAGUGUCUUUUUAUAGCAUAAUAAAAAAAUAUUUCUUUAAUAAAAGACUAUAAUAUUUUCUGCA